CCACAGCCACUGUAAGAACAACUUCAAUCUCUCUCUUCUACUGUACCACAACUGAGGGAAACCUAAAAGAAAAGAACAGAAAAAAGACGUAAGGGACACAAAAAGAAAAGGACAAAAAGGGAGCUUUAUCAUAUAAAAGGAAAUCUACUACUGAUGUUGACAAGCCUUUGAAUGACAUCUUAAGAAAAAGGACAACAACAACAACAACAACACCAUAAACAACAGAAAGUCAACGCUAAAGGGAUUCAAAAAAAGACACAAACAUGACCAAGGGAAAGCAAAAGGAAGUUGAGUUGAAAGAAGUUGAGUUGGAUGAAGUGUCUCCAAAGACAGGCAAAGAGUACCCACCCAGCUAUGAAGAGGCUACUGCAGACUAUGAGGAGAUGCAAACCCAGUUCUCCUGGGACGACCAGGCUGUCAGGAGGAUCUUCAUCAGAAAGGUCUAUGCCAUCCUGAUGAUCCAACUCUUUGUGACUGUGGCCAUUGUUGCUCUCUUCACAUUCUGUGCACCAGUAAGGUUUUACAUUCAGGCACACCCCCACCUGUACAUGUGCUCAUACAUGAUGUUCUUGGCCACCUACAUUGCACUGAACUGCUGUGGUGAACAAAUCAGGAGGCAGUUUCCCUGGAACCUCAUUCUGCUGUCUCUCUUUACUCUCAGCCUGGCCUGCAUGAUGGGCUUUGUGUCCAGCUUCUACAACACCAAGUCUGUGGUCCUAUGUCUGGGCAUCACUGCUGUGGUGUGUAUGUCUGUCACCAUCUUCAGCUUCCAGACCAAGAUUGACUUCACGUCUUACCAGGGAGUCCUGUUUGUCCUGACCAUGGUCAUGCUACUGUUGCAUCAUACUCUCCAUCGUCAUCCCUUUUGGAUAUGUUCCCUGGUUACAAGCCAUCUACGCUGUGAUAGGAGCUAUCCUCUUCACUCUGUUCCUGGCGUUUGACACCCAGCUGCUGAUAGGCAACAAGCGCUACACUAUGAGUCCAGAGGAGUACGUCUUUGCCACCCUGAACCUCUACCUGGACAUUAUAUACCUGUUCAGCUUCCUACUUUCGUGUUUUGGAGGGAGCCGCGACUAAUUCUUCUAUCUAUUUGUCUACCCGCUGUCUCUCAAUCUGUCUGUUUCUCAUUUAUACUCAGCCCAAUCUCCCUCAACCUUAGAAUUUAAGAGAUUAUUUCAUUUCCGUCUUAUUCUCAAACGACCCUGGCUCUUCUGUGAUCAAUAAAAGAGUCUC